UCGAUAAAUAACAACGGCGGAAGCGCGGGGAUUCUAGUUACUACUCUUUCUCUCUCUCUUUCUUUUAUCACUCUUUCUCUCUCAACUAUAACUACCUCUAGUUUUCCAUCAUCAGAUCGAUCAACAAAACAACUCCCAACUCCAACUCCUAUCUCUCAAAUGCAUGUAAAAAAAUGAUUCUCAAAACUUCUCUCCGCCAUGACUAACUCCUUUCUUCCUCCUCUCAGCUUAUUCGUUUCCAGGAGAUGGGGAAAAAAGGGAGUGGCUGGUUCUCAUCAGUAAAGAGAGUGUUUCAAUCAUCUUCUAAUAAAGAAUUAUCAGGGAAAAAGAAAGAUAAUGUAGAUAAAUGGCAAUUACAAGAGGCCCCAGAGGUAGUGUCUUUUGAACAUUAUCCGGCAGGGAGUUCACCGGAUGUGACAAUUGAUGAGAGCACGGGAUCAACUCCGGUGACUAAUUCUGAAGAUAGAAAUCAUGCAAUUGCCGUUGCUGUAGCAACUGCUGCUGCAGCUGAAGCAGCUGUUGCCGCAGCUCAAGCAGCAGCCAAGGUUGUUCGAUUGGCUGGUUAUGGCCGCCACUCCAAGGAAGAACGCGCUGCAACUCUGAUUCAAUCUCAUUACAGAGGCUACCUUGCUCGGCGAGCUUUGCGAGCGUUAAAGGGAUUGGUGAGGCUACAGGCCUUAGUAAGAGGCCACAAUGUGCGAAAGCAAGCGCAAAUGACAAUGCGAUGCAUGCAAGCGCUGGUGCGAGUGCAGGCGAGAGUAAGAGCACGCAGGCUCCAAUUGUCUCACGAGAAGCAUCACAAGAAAGGGAAGACAGAAGACAAACAAGAAGAAGAUGAAGAAUUGAACAAGCCCAGGAGCCCGUUGAAGCAGUAUGGUGGCGGCCGCCAUCAAAAGUCUGAGAAACUCAGCGAAGAUGCUUCAAGAAAACAUGAUUCUUUGAUGAAAAGAGAGAGAGCCCUUGCUUAUGCUUAUGCCUAUCAGCAACAGCAGCAACAUCAGCAGCAACCCGUACAACCUGAGCACACAAAUGGCAAAGAUGCUGUUGAACUCUAUGGCCAGGAGCAUGAAAGAGCGCAGUGGGGAUGGAACUGGCUGGAGCGUUGGAUGUCGGCGCAGCCCUAUCACAGCCGUCACUUACCCCAACACGAAGCUUCAUACAUGACACUCACCAACACCUCCACAACCGACGACAUGUUAUCGGAGAAAACCCUUGAAAUCGACUCCAGCAACGCAACCGCCACCGCCAUACCUAUGCAGCUCGACCGCGACUUGCUAGACUCUAACUCUUACUCAACGCGCCAACUGCAGCAUAGACAGCCAAGCUACAUGGCGUCAACGCAGUCAGCGAAAGCGAAGUUGAGAAGUCAAAACAUUAACCAAGGGACUAUCAAACAAAGAAGUACUCCAAGUACACCACAAUGGAACACAUCAACAAAAAAAAGUACAUCAGUUUUUGGUUCAGGCUAUGAUUCUUCUAGCACUUCUGGUGGUGGAACAGCAAGUUAUCAAGCUCCAAGGAGUCCAAGCCAAGGUUACAGUAAUGGGAUCCGGGUACAAGUGAGGCGGGUUUCGGGUCUUAGCCCGGAUUAUUGUGGUGGGGCUGAAGAUUGGGGCAGGCUGCCUCUUAGUGGUGGUGGUGGAGGUGGUCAUGGUUGGAGGCAUGAUUUUGUUUGAUUGAAUUAAUUUUGAAUUUGUGUAAUAAUUUCUUAUAUAAUUAACGUGUAAUGUGAUGAAAUUGAAGUUGCAACAUGUUAAUUAAAACAUUUACUAUAUAUUUAAUUAUUGUAAGGUGAACAAAUUUUGAAUUUGUAAUAUAAUGUUUUGUUUGUGUGAUUAA